CGUUUAAGGGUCGGUUUGUGAGCCCCACCAGACAUCGAAUUGACUAAUGACACGUGUUUCAAUAUAUCCAGUCUCUUCCAAGUCAACGAAGCAGUCACUAACACUUGAUCAUCAGCCACGUGUCUCUGCACACGUGUUACAAUAUAAUACAUUAUAUAUCCGCUACUUACGCUCAACAAGACAAAAACUCAAAACUGAAAAACAGAGCUCCUCUAUUUCUCUUCAAUGAUCGGAAAUUUCAAUCGGAUUGAUCGCCGGAUUUUAUCAUUCCCGGCUGUUCACCCUUGUGAAGGCAUUGCUCCGGCGACACUUCUCCGCUCUCUGAUCAUCCUCUCUCACAACAUAUGCAAUCACCAAUCAAAAUUCUUUGCCACCCAACAUAGAAAUUCUCGCGAAACAAUUCGAAAAAUUGGAGUUCUUCUCAUAUUCUUCGAAGAAAUCCGAGACCGUGGAUUGACACUCUCGGACUCGACUGUUCUUUGCUUCUCUGAAUUUCACAUAAAUUUUCAAAAAAUCCUAUUCUUGCUGGAGGAUUGUGCGAGUGAAGGUGCAAGGCUAUGGAUGCUAAUGAAGUCGGAGUUUGUCGCAACACAAUUCAUGGUCCUAAUUAGAUCGAUCGCAACCGCACUCGAUGUCUUGCCUCUGACUGCUAUCCAUGUAAGUGGUGAAGUGAAGGAGUUGGUUGAAUUGGUUGGUAAGCAAGCAAGGAAAGCAAGACUUGAAGUUGAAUGUGAAGAUCAAUGCGCAAUGAAACUAUUGCUUUCCAUGUUGAAUCAAUUCGAGAAGGGUAUCGAGCCGGAUUUGAGAUUUAUGAAGCGUGUUCUUGAUUAUAUUGAGAUCAAAAGCUGGAAAGAUUGUAACAAGGAGAUUGAAUUCUUGCAAGAAGAGAUUGAUCUUCAAUAUUCAGAUUAUGACAACAGAGAGGUCGCAUUCUUAAGUAGCUUGGUUGCGUUCCUUAGUUACUGCAGAGUAAUCAUGUUCGAGACCUUGGAUUAUCGCAAGAAAAAUCCACCUGUAGUGAAGUGUCAAAUGGAGACACUUGGUUGCUUGAUUCCUGAAGACAUUCGAUGCCCCAUUUCGCUCGAGCUCAUGACUGAUCCAGUGACUUUAUCGACGGGGCAGACUUAUGAUCGAUCGUCGAUUCAAAGAUGGCUCGAAGUGGGAAACAAAACAUGCCCCAGAACAGGGGAGAAGCUAACAAACAUCGAAUUACUACCCAAUACCACUCUCAGAAAGCUAAUCCAACAAUUCUGUCUCAAUAAUGGCAUUUCUCAGGCCAACUCAGGAAAUAGAUGUCGCGACAUUACGAGAACAAUUGUUCCAGGUAGUCCAGCAGGUGAAAAUGCUGCGAAAUUCCUAUCUAGAUUUCUUUCUAGACGACUGGUUUUCGGUACAAAUGACCAGAAAAACAAGGCUGCUUACGAAAUUCGCUUGCUUGCAAAGUCGAACAUUUAUAAUCGAUCUUGCUUGAUAGAAGCAGGGGCUGUCCUGUCUCUCUUGAACCUUAUUACAUCUUCAGAGGAUCAUUUCAUGCAAGAGAAUGCAAUUUCAGCUUUAUUGAAGCUAUCAAAGUACAUCACUGGCAAGGAGGAGAUAAUCGAGAAUGGGGGAUUGAAAUCGAUCCUUGCAGUCCUUAAGCAGGGACUAACUUUAGAGUCAAGACAGAUCGCUGCCGCCAUCGUAUUCUACCUUUCUUCGAUGAAGCAGUACCGGGAACUUAUUGGAGAAACACCAGGACUAAUUUCAGGUCUUGUGGAGCUCAUCAAGGAUGGAACAACUUGCGGCAAAAAGAACGCUGUGGCAUCGAUUUUCGUACUUCUUAAUCCAGGAAAUCAUCAGAGAGUGAUUGAAGCUGGUACUGUUCCAUUGCUUGUAGAUAUAUUGGUUUCCUCGGACAAAUCUGAACUUGUAGAAGAUUCACUAGCCGUGCUUGCUGGUUUAGCCGAGAGCUUCAAUGGCACAUUAGCAGUACUAGAAACUCCGGCUUUGACUAUAAUUACUCGGAUUUUGCAGUCACUGACAAUUACCAGAGCUGCCAAGGAGUAUUGUGUUUCAAUUAUGUUAUCUUUGUGCAAAUUUGGUGGUGUGGAAGUGAUUGCAGCUUUAGCAAAGGAAACUUCUCUAAUGGCUUCACUGUAUUCAAUUAUAACAAAUGGCACAUCUCAUGCUACCAGAAAGGCUCGAGCUCUAAUAAAAAUACUUCACCAGUUCCAUAAAACAAGCACCUCUUCUGAGUUCAUUGAUUCUGCAGCUUCACUUGAAAGGCCAGUUCAUGUGCGGUGAUUCAUGUGCCAUUCUUCUGCAUCUCCAUGUGUAAAAUACCUGUAAAUUCUUCCUUCUUGUGUGUGGCUUUAGUUUUUUUCUGCCUCAUUUACGAUUCUAAGUUUAGGGUAUUAGCUCACUUUUUGCAAGAGCUAAUCCCUGUCAAUUGGGCCACCUCUAGUUUAGGUAAAUACCACCAUAUAUGUUCCUAUCUUGAUUCUUUUUCAUAUUAUAGGAUGAUGUAUGUUCAACAAUAAUGAAAAGUUGUGAGUUUUUCCCAUUCUU